AUGCCCUCCGCGUCCCCCACGGGGUCCUGGGCCCCGGCGGCCCCCAACGCCACGGCGGCGGCGGCCAACGUCAGCGCGCCGGAGAGGCCCCUGUUCCACCUGUUCGCGCAGCUGGACGAGGAGCUGCACGCCGCCUUCCCGCGCCUGUGGCUGGCGCUGAUGGCCGUGCACGGCGUCAUCUUCCUGGCGGGGCUGGCGCUCAACGGCCUGGCGCUCUACGUCUUCUGCUGCCGCACCCCGGCCAAGACGCCGUCGGUCAUCUACACCGUCAACCUGGCGGUGACCGACCUGCUGGUGGGGCUGUCCCUGCCCGCGCGCUUCGCCGUCUUCUACGGCGCGCGCGGCUGCCUGCGGUGCGCCUUCCCGCACGUCUUCGGCUACUUCCUCAACAUGCACUGCUCCAUCCUCUUCCUCACCUGCAUCUGCGUGGACCGCUACCUGGCCAUCGUGCGGCCCGAGGGCGCGCGCCGCUGCCGCCGGCCCGCGUGCGCCCGCGCCGUGUGCGCGCUCGUGUGGGCGGCGGCGGGCGCCGUGACGCUGGCCGUGCUGGGCGUGGCGGCGGGCGGCGCGCGCCGCCGCCGCGGCCUCGCGCUCACGGUGCUGGCCUUCCUGCUGCCGCUGGGCGUGCUCAGCGCGUGCACCGGCCGCGUGGUGUGCGCGCUGUCGCGGCCCGGGCUGCUGCGCCAGGGCCGCCGGCGCCGCGUGCGCGCCGUGCAGCUGCUGCUCACCGUGCUCGUCAUCUUCCUCGUCUGCUUCACGCCCUUCCACGCCCGCCAGGUGGCCGUGGCGCUGUGGCCCGACGCGCCGAGCCACGCCAGCCUCGUGGCCUACCACGUGGCCGUGACCCUCAGCAGCCUCAACAGCUGCAUGGACCCCAUCGUCUACUGCUUUGUCACCAGCGGCUUCCGGGCCGCCGUCCGCGGCCUCCUGGGCCGGCGCGGGGCCGAGCGCCCGCCGCGGGGCAGCGACGCGGUGAGCAUGCGCAGGAGCUCCCGGGGCUCCGGCGCCUUCCCCCAGGCCCUGCCCAGCGGGCCGGAGGCGUAG